CGUCUUUGGGCGCUGGUGCCCCUGUCGCGCGCCUCGAAGGGCGUGCUUGGAGCCCGAGUCAUGCUGGCCUGCAAGCUGUCCUGCGUCCUGCUGGUGGCCUUCGCGGCGGUGCAGAGCAGCUCGUGGGCAAUAACCUCUGAAGGCAGAGGUCCGUUAGUCCAGACAACACCUGCCGCCCAGCCCUUCUUUCCGAGACACUCCUUGGUUUCGGACUUCCACACAGGGGAUAUUGUGGCCCUGACUGAGCGCCUGCUGGCCACUGACAUCUCAUUGGUGGUGUACUAUGCCCCUUGGGACAGGGACUCCCAGGCUGUGCGGUGGGAGAUCGAGAAGGUGGCCAGAUACCAUCAUGAGCAGGUUUACUUCGCGGCAAUCAACUGCUGGCACCCAAACUCAGAGUGCCGUGCACGCUACAAGAUCCGCACUUUCCCGGCCAUCGUAUUGCAUGUCCGCUCCUCCUCAGGCCAAGAGACCAAGGCUAUGGCCUAUGGGGGUCCAUAUCAUGCUGGCCACAUUGUGCGCUUCCUUUCACGUGCUCUGCGACCUUUGACCCAUGUGUCUAGCCAUGCUGACCUGGCCAGGCUGCAGAUGGAGUAUAGUGCGACCGUCCUAGGCUACUACGACUUCACGUCCUCUGCGCAUCUCCCUAAGGGCUUUAUGUCAUUCUACUUGGCCUCGCUCCGUGCCUUACAACACGACAACACCAACACCAUAGCCUGGGGCGUGGUCACUAAUCCCCAGACGGCCCGAGCACUCUCCUUCAAUGGCACCAAGUCCGUACAUCUGGUGCUCUGGAACACCACGCUGUCAUUCACAGGCGCUGCAAAUGCUGACAGCGAGGGCAUCAGCAACUGGGUGCUGAAGAGACUGGAUGAGACAGCAGCAUGGGUAGACCUUCCAGGCACCAAGAGUCUGGCCCUGGACCGGCUACUGCAGAAAGGGCCCGCGCUCAUUCUCUUCACUCCCGAUAACCCUUAUCACACAGCCAACGAUCCCUUUAAUUUGCUCCGCGAGGUGUCACUAGACUACAAUAAUUGCAAUCGAUCAGCACGUGUCAACAAUUUGGCUAGCUACCUUGGUUCAGUGCGAUCCAGAGGGCGAAGGCAACUGCGACAGGCCGAGCGGGUCUGCAAAAACUACCUCCAGGAACAGUUGCGCAUCUUGCAUCUUUCCCGAGAACAACUAAAUCUAGAAGAUGAGACAUGUUGCCGCACCAUGCCAGGAGAGCGCAGUGCAUCCCCUGGAGGGAGCCACCAUGACAAGGUGUGCGAUGUCUGUGUCCACCCGGCCAACAAACCUACAAGCCCUGAGCACAUGCACUGCACCAAGCCAACUUCAUGGGAGCAAGAGUCCAGUCUCCUCCAGCACGUGAACACACUUAUGUCAGUGUUCAGUGACUCAUGCCGGGAGCUUGUUCUGCAGUACAGCCCCUGGGAACACUACUCAGUGUGCUGCCAGCGUAACAGCACUCCUGCCAAGACCAAAACCUCGCCCAAAACCCCAGUUACUGAGGAAAAGAAAGUGGCAGAUGAUGUGGUUAUGGAGGGCCACACUGAUGACCGAAUAGAGAAACUGGUUGCCUUUGCCGCAGAAGACCAGUGCAAGAGGCUGUUCCAUGGGUCCCUCCUGGCUCCCCCCUCCUUGCUCAAAGACCAGCACGAUGCUCCAGACAUAACAGGACUGGGCUGCCAGAGGAAUCAUACCCUUUCCUUUGCUGCUGUGGACUCCCUGCGUCACCGCCGGCUGGCUGAGCGGCUAGGCAUUAACCUGACUUCGCCGGAGCCGCACAACACGGCCGUAGUCAUCCUAGACACCCAGCGGGAGGCUCACUUCAUCAUGGAUGCUCCGAUCUCCAAAGCUGCGCUGGCUGCCUUUGUGCUCAACUAUACCAGUGGCAGUUUGGACAGGACAAUGCUGUCCGGGGGCUCGGUGAGAGGGUCAAGGUGUGAGGAGGGCCAGGUGUGUAUUCGGGAGCUGACGUCUCGGGACUACGCAGAGGUCACGCAGGAGCCAGGAAAGAUGGUGGUGGUGCUCCACUACAGUGGGAACUGUGCUGCCUGUACCACAGUUGGCCAUGUUUUAAUGGCUGUGGCGCAGGCGGCCAGACACCUGCCCAACAUCACCUUUGCCAGGAUUAAUGUUGCCACCAACACGCUUCCCUGGAACCUGCACUUUGAUGCGCUCCCAACCAUCAUUGUUCACCCGCACGUCCACAAAAGUGAGAGCAGAAUUUUCGACCUGAGUCAGCAGCUGACCCCUGCAAACCUGAUGUCAUUCCUAGUGAGCACUCUGUUUGCCAAGACCAGUGCCAGGAGCAGGUCCUGCGUGCAGCCAGGCUGGCCACCACACAGCUCCACCACUCCCUCACGUCCAACACCACAAGGCUCCUGCAGGUGUUGGAGAGGAUUACAAGCCUCACCAAAGGGGCAGUAGGGUCUAGGGGAAAGGAGUCUCUUCACGAGGAUGCUCAUUACCGUGUAUUGACAGAGGCCAAAAAACUUAUUGUCAGGGACAUCAAGCGGCAGAGAAUGAAACUCAUGUACCUCAGAGAAAUUCAGAGGCUGUUCUCUGUGGGAUCAGAGGAGGGGAAAGAGGUGGAGGAUGAGAGGGAGCUUCUGCUACCAGUGGAGGGAGACCCAAGGCAUCAGGGGGAGUUGUUGAGGACUCUGAACUCCCUCAUGAGGAAGGGGUCCUCCGUGCCAAAAGACGUAGCCAGCCUCUCUGGCGAAGAGCCCUCUCACAAGCCCACCCAUGAUGAACUCUAGCCCCACGAGUGGCCUGGGGGUGUUUGUCCGUGGGAGGAAGCCACCUGUUUUACGUCUGCUGUGAAGAGAUUGAUAGAAAUAAUUUGAUAUGUAAAUAUUGCUCUUACCACAAUUCUGUCUCUCCUUAUAGUUUAUUAUGAAGUGUGGUUUGGUUUUUGUCAUAGGAAUCAUUUAUUUUUUUUGUUCUUCUUUUUAUGGCCCUGAAAUACUUGG